AUGGCUGAAGCAAAGAAAGAAGUGAAGGAGUCGAAGCACGAGACGAAGGCCAUCCCGCUGUUCGAAGGCACUGACUUCGAGAUAGAAGAAUAA